CUCCCUUCUCAAAGCGCGUUUGUAUUUCUCAAUCUCAAACCCCCUUUCCCCAACCCUAAUUUUUCAAUCCCUUCUUCCAAUCCACAUGAAAAUUCUUCGUUCUGCAUCUUCUUCGCUCCUUCCCGAUCUGAAAACCCAAUAGAGAUUUCCGGGCCGGGGAAGAAACCUUUCGAAUUCAACCAAUUUUCAAUUUUUGAUCGAAAAAACAAGAAUUAAAAGGGAGCGGCGAUGUACAGCAAUUUCAAGGAGCAAGCGAUCGAGUACGUACGGCAGGCCGUCGCCGAAGAUAAUGCCGGGAACUACGCCAAAGCGUUUCCGUUGUACAUGAACGCCUUGGAGUAUUUCAGGACGCACCUCAAGUACGAGAAGAACCCUAAAAUCAAGGAAGCGAUCACGCAGAAGUUUACCGAGUACUUGCGGCGUGCGGAGGAGAUCCGUGCCGUGCUCGAUGAAGGGGGUUCUGGUCCCUCCUCUAAUGGCGACGGCGCCGUCGCGACGAGGCCGAAGACCAAGCCUAAGGACGGGAACGAUGGGGAGGAUGGGGAUAAGGAGAAGCUUCGUGCCGGUUUGAAUUCGGCGAUUAUUAGGGAAAAACCCAAUGUUAAGUGGAACGAUGUUGCUGGAUUGGAGAGUGCAAAGCAGGCGCUGCAGGAGGCCGUGAUUCUACCGGUCAAAUUCCCGCAGUUCUUUACUGGUAAGAGGCGCCCGUGGAGGGCAUUUCUUCUGUAUGGUCCACCUGGAACAGGAAAGUCAUACCUAGCCAAGGCUGUGGCCACAGAAGCUGACUCAACAUUUUUCAGUGUUUCUUCGUCAGACUUGGUUUCGAAGUGGAUGGGUGAAAGUGAAAAGCUAGUCUCUAAUCUCUUCCAAAUGGCACGUGAAAGCUCCCCCUCAAUUAUAUUUAUUGAUGAGAUAGAUUCCUUAUGUGGACAGCGUGGUGAAGGAAAUGAGAGUGAAGCAUCCAGGCGAAUCAAAACAGAACUUCUAGUGCAAAUGCAGGGGGUUGGUCACAAUGAUGACAAAGUACUUGUCCUUGCCGCAACGAAUACUCCUUAUGCCCUUGAUCAGGCUAUUAGACGGCGAUUUGACAAGCGUAUAUAUAUCCCUCUACCGGAUACGAAGGCAAGACAGCAUAUGUUCAAGGUGCAUUUAGGAGAUACUCCUCAUAAUCUAACUGAAAGCGACUUUGAAGCCCUGGCUCGUAAAACUGAAGGCUUUUCUGGUUCUGAUAUUUCUGUUUGUGUGAAAGAUGUUCUAUUUGAGCCUGUGCGCAAAACCCAGGAUGCCAUGUUCUUCAUUAAAACCUCUAAUGGCAUGUGGAUGCCGUGUGGACCGAAGCAAUCAGGUGCUGUCCAGAUAAGCAUGCAGGAGCUUGCAGCAAAAGGACUUGCUUCCCAGAUCAUUCCACCUCCCAUCUCAAAAACCGACUUUGACAAGGUCCUUGCGAGACAAAGACCAACUGUCAGCAAAACAGACCUUGAAGUCCACGAGAGAUUCACGCAGGAGUUUGGCGAGGAAGGGUGAAGAAGAGCACGAGGUGAGUGGUUGCCUGAGUGCUCGACUCAUUGCUGUUUGGUGUCAUUUGUAUAUUACACACACAUAUAUAUAUAUAUAUAUCUUUUUAUCAGGUUUCACUAUUAACACCUCGCUCUUCGAAUGGGGAAGCCUGUACUAAUUUGCAUUUCCUCUUCGCAUUUCGGCUUCUUCAAUUGCUGUGUACUUAUUGAUACAUACACGCGGCAUUAAAAUGCUGUCGAAGAAAACAGUGUCGGCGUGGCUAUGGUAUGGUGUGUUCUAAUCUUUGUUCUACCAAAAUUUAAGGUCUUGACUUUCACCAUCUUAUGUAAACUGUUUCCAAGUUUCUACUUUGUGUUUAUUUUCCUACUUUUUAAGUGUAUUUACUUUCUA